UAGAGGUAGUUCUACCACUAUAGAUAAACCGAAAAAGAGAAGAUCUUCUAUCGUAGUGGAAUCUACUUCUGAAGCUACUUUUUUAGUUCCGAAGAAAAGAGCGAGCACCUCAUCAGCUACGAGCACAACUUCAGAUGCAGGUAUGAAAGAAAAAAGUGCACUCACACUCAAGAAAAAAGUAGCGACUUUCCCACCUAAAUCCUAGCCAAUUUCUUGAGUGUAAGUGCGCUUUUUCCUUUCAUAGCUGUUGGAGCUGCGGGCUCGGCUACGACUAAUGGCGGACACCGACCUCAAAAUAAGAACAAUUAAGGCCAAAAGCAUUGUCGAAAGAUGUUGAGAAGGAAGUAAGAAGAUAGCUAAUGCCGUAUCGACAAGUCUCUAUCGUCCUCCCUUUGUUUCCUGUCUAACAACAGAAUAAAGCAUCACCACAGAAGCCUCUGACUUCAAGUAGCCAACAGAAGCGAAGGAAAAGCAGCCUGGAUGACGAGGAAGAAGACGUCCUUCUCGACAUACCUAGCGAAGAACAUCCCUCAGCAUCGACAGCAGCACCGUCUAGAGUGAUCCCUGAAACGAUGCAGCCCGUUCGUGACCAUUUUGCAACGACCAAGCAGGUGGACUCGGCAGCCCAGUACUAUAGUGCUAUGGCGUUUUGUUGAGAAGAUUGCAUCCUCAUCCUAGGCCUUACGUCACCAUCAAGCAUCAAGUACUAGGAUGCAGUUACAAAUAUUGAAUGUCGUGUAAUUAUAUCUAAGCUCUAAUUUCACCUUGUACAUGAGCAAGAUUCGAGGAGGAAACGUCCUGAAAAAUCUCACAGAAGGAACAAAACCAUGUCCGCAAAUUCUGUUAAAUCAUGUUCCUGUGAUGAUGCCAUCUUCUAGUAGUGCUGCUUGUAGUACUAGUUCAUCUUCUUCGUCUUCGAGUCUUUUCAACAAGAACAUCGCGAUCGCAGGAGCAUCCUCGUCAACAUCUGCCUCUAGAAAUAGUGUACCUACCGCUACCCAGGAAGAUCAACAACUGCAAGCGCCGAAGAUUAUUUCUUCUACUUCUCAAUCACAGCCAGCAGAGGUUGCAAAAAAUGCGAGAGUUUCAACUUCGUCCAAAACGCAUUACAGUACACGAGGACCAAAUUAUACGAGUGGACCAAACUACAUGGAUCAGACAAGUAGAAAAACUCUUACUUCCCGUUCACCAGUGACAGACAGUAUCAAUGAACUUCUUGCCGAAGCUGUAGCUUCAUCAUCUAGUAGGGGUGGUGGAGGAGGUCGUUGUAGUGGCAAUGGCAAACAAGAAGGGAAAACAAGAAGAGAACCCUUAGGAUCAAAUUCAGGUUACCAAAUACCAGAACCAUUCA